AUGGCUUCCGAUGCGCAAGAUGACGAGCGCACUCAGGGAGAUCCAAUCCAGCCAAAUCUUGAAUCUGGGCCUUUCGUCCUCCGCAGUCUGUUAAACGACGUCCCGCUUUCAGCCGACGGCGCGACGGAUGACGAUGUCAAGAUCAAUUGCGUCGAUUACCUAGAUGGCAACUUAUAUGUCGGAACUUCUGCCUCGGAGCUCAUUCACUUCGUCAAGAUCCCUCCUGAUCCCUCCGACCCAUCUGCCGUCCCCGUCUUCGUCCAGGCCUCGCGACUCCAGCCCGCGUACGCAGAGACCCCAGGGUCCUCGAGCAGCUCCAAGCCUGGUGUGCAACAGAUCUUGCUGUUGCCCCGAGUGGGAAAGGCAUGCAUACUGUGCAACUGGACCGUCACCUUCUAUUCGCUGCCAGAGCUCAGCCCCGUCUUCAACAACACCCAGGUAAAGAACUGCAACUGGAUCGGUGGCCUCGAUCUUAACGAGCUACGCGACGACUACCAACAUGCUGAAGGCACAGGUGUCACCAUAUUGCUUUCUCUGAACCGCAGGAUACAAGUCGUCAAGAUAGGCGAAGAUGCUCGCGGCUUGAAGAAGAUCGAUGUUCCUGCAACGUCCCUCACAGUGAGACGAGAUACGAUUGCUUGCGUCGCCGACUCUCGGAAUUACUCCCUCCUGGAAAUUGAACGACAACUGAGGAUCCCCUUGAUGUCAAUAUCAUCACUCGAUGAUGAUCAGCUAGCCGUAGGACAAACCCAGGAUGUCUCGGGGAGUGAAGGUGGAGGCAUAGCCCGUAGCUCAUCUUCAGCCGGCCGAGCCCGUCCCGACAACGAGCGCCACGGGGUUCAAUCCCAUCGACGAGGAGCGAGCUUGGGAAACCUGCUCUCUGGGAACAGAAAGCAGGAGCAGCCUCCCAAGGAUCAGGAGGAUUCCGUCUUCCAGGAACCACCAGAGCCGACCGCCAGUCCAAAACCACCAGAGCAGCCCCAAAGCAGGGAUGGCACACCACAGCCCCAAGCAGAAGGGUUGCCUCAACCGACCGCAACCCCAAAGUCGCGCCACGUCUUUUUGAAGCCCCACAUUGUGUCGCCGACGCCAGAGGAGUUUCUUUUGGUCACGGGAACCGGCCCUCUGGAACCGGGCAUAGGUAUGUUUGUGAACCUUGACGGAGAUCCCACGAGGCCCACCAUCGAGUUCGAUCGAUAUCCUAAGGAGAUUGUCGUCGACGGUGGUGUCUCGGACUUAUCGUCUUCCCGGCCCACUCUGGACGAGGAGGAGGAAGGAUAUGUCUUGGCCUCAAUGGGCAGAGAGUUCGGGGAUGGUAUCCAUAACGGCCUGGAGAUCCAGAGAUGGGAUACUGACGGGUCUCAACCCGAGACUAGCAAGUAUUGGCUUGAACCGCCCAGGGCUGGCUCGCAUACUGUCGAGCCUUCGCAGCCCAUAGGCGUCCGAUCUUUGAUAGGCUCAGAUGAAACUCACUUUCAAGACAUCGUGAACAGACUCUGUCAGCAGCGGUUCAAGCCAUUUUCUGGUGGCCCAGAAAUGUCGACUUUGUCUCUCCGGAGCCUAGACUCCAGAACUGCGUCGUCCAUGGAGCAGGUAUCAAAAGAAAAGGAGUUGUUCGAAAGGGAUAAUGACUCUCCAGACGACGACUCCCUGCCUGAGGGCUGGGAAAGCAGUCGCAAAGUCGAAGAAAAGGAAUUCGCCCGGAGACUAGCGGGGACUACGGGGCGUGUUGCUGUAUGGUCUGGCAAUCAGAUAUGGUGGGCUUUACGCAACCCUCUCAUCCUCCAGCUAGAUGCACAGCUCGAAAAAGCUUCGACCUCGAAGAUUGUUACAGUCGCCCAGCGACGAGAGCUUUUUAGUGUUCUUAACUCGUUCCGUGGCCGCGAUGCCAAGUCGGAACUUGAGUUCUUGACAUUUAAUUACAUCAGACAGAGAGCCGGUGUGCUCUUACUGACGAGCUUCUUACAUCCAGACAAAGAACCAUUCAGUGAACCAGAACUACGAGCUCUCGAAGAAGUCUUGAUCGAUAGCUUACUAGACCCUCGAGUUGUCUUGUCACUCAUGCCAGGCGUCCGCAACGAAGUAAUAGAAACCCGAAGGGGUAUUUGGAUAUUUGGUGGCGUGAAGAAAACAGCCGAGGACUACAUUUCCACGGAUGCCUUCGAUAAAGGCAGGUCGGGUGUGAAUGUUCUGCCACCACCGACACUUCAGUUCUUGAAGCGUUUUCUUACCGCAUGGAGGCGGAAGAAAGGAUUUGGCAGCAUCCCAGACGAGAAUGAGGUCUUCCGGACGGUGGACGCUGCGCUUCUAGCGGUCCUUUUGGAGCUUGAUAAAUACUCACCCCCAGGCUCACCAAGAGGGAAGACGAUCCGUUCCGAGCUGAACGAGUUCGUGGACAAUGGCGUUGACUGCUUUGAAAGAGCUGAGACUUUGAUUGAAUCCUAUCAUCGAUUGUUCGUGCUCAGCCGUUUGUACCAAAGCCGCAGAAUGGCUGAAGAGGUGCUUACCACAUGGCGCCGAAUUGUUGAGGGAGAGCGAGAUGACGGUGGAGAAUUCCGUGACGGCGAACAACGCAUUCGUGACUAUCUUGCAAAAAUCAGCAACCAGGCCUUAGUACGUGAGUAUGGUGUAUGGCUCGCAAAUCGGAACCCUAAACUUGGCGUGCAAGUCUUCGCCGAAGAAAAGGGGCGUGCGCCAAGGUUUGAGCCGACACAAGUGGUUGAGCUUUUGCGCCAAGAAGCUCCUGACGCUGUCAAGUACUACCUAGAGUAUUUGGUCUUCGGUCAAGGCCACACCAUACACGUGAACGAGCUCAUCACAUACUACUUGGAUAUUGUGAUAUCCUAUCUUGAGACCUCCUCAGAGGGUCGCGAUAUGUUCGCCGCGACGUACGCUGCCUAUCGCGCGUUGCGGCCGAUGAAACCCACCUACCGUCAAUUCUUGUCAGAAAAUGCACCGCCAGAUGACGAAGUUUGGCAAAGCAGACUUCGUCUGCUGCAGCUACUAGGCGGACAGUACGAUUAUAACUCAGCUGCGAUUAGAGAUCGCAUUACUAGUCUUGGGGCAACUGCUCCGGAUCUGUUAGUGCCGGAGACCAUCAUACUGGAUGGACGGGAGCGCAAACACGAAGACGCUUUACGGUUGCUAGUCCAUCGCCUCGGUGAUUACGAUACCGCUGUAGCUUAUUGCUUGCGUGGUGGUGCUAGUAUCUACACCCCGGCAACUACCAAAGCGCCAAAGAGACGGGAGAGCGCACCACCCACUGAGAAUGAACAGGCACGACUCUUCCGUGCUCUACUCGGCGAGUUCUUCGAGAUUGAAGAUGUCAGCGACCGUGUAGAGCAAACAGGCAUGCUACUCGAACGUUUUGGUGGCUGGUUCGACGUUGAUGAAGUCUUAAGCCUGAUACCAGACUCAUGGAGUGUUGACUUGGUUGCAGGCUUCCUGGUCAGGGCGCUUAGGAGAAUGGUCGUUGAGAAGAACGAGACCACUGUGGCCAGAGCGUUGUCGAGUAGUCAAUACCUCCGUGUUCAACAUGACCUGGUUGUGAAGGUCGAGGAGAAAGGCCCAACAUUUGAGGGCCAAUAG